GGGCGGCAGGCGGCUGGCGGCGCGCGAUCUCCGCGUCGCUCCGGGCCAGCUGCCGCGGCGCCGCGCGGGUGGGUGGGAUCGUGGCGGAGCUCCCGGCGCCGGGGCAGGGGCACGAGAGCGCCAUGGCGGCGGCGGUGGUGGUGGCGGCGGCGGCAUCCGGUCCCCGAGCCGCGGCGAGGUGAGGGGCCGCCUCUUCACGACUGAGGAGGCCAGAGCUGCUCGCCUGCCUUCCACGCGGGCCGCGGCUCCGGCAUGGCUGGGAUCAUUAAGAAGCAGAUCCUGAAGCACCUGUCCCGGUUCACCAAGAAUCUUUCCCCAGACAAAAUCAAUUUGAGCACCCUGAAAGGGGAGGGUCAGCUGACCAACCUGGAGCUGGAUGAAGAGGUUCUACAGAAUGUGCUGGAGCUGCCCACCUGGUUAGCCAUUACUCGGGUCUACUGCAACAGGGCCUCCAUCCGGAUCCAGUGGACAAAGUUGAAGACACACCCCAUUUGCUUGUGUCUGGAUAAGGUAGAGGUGGAGAUGAAGACAUGUGAGGAGCCUCGGCCCCCAAAUGGACAGUCUCCUAUUGCCCUCGCUUCUGGACAGAGUGAGUAUGGCUUUGCCGAGAAGGUGGUGGAGGGAAUGUUUAUCAUCGUCAAUUCCAUCACCAUCAAGAUUCACUCCAAGGCUUUCCACGCUUCUUUUGAAUUGUGGCAGCUCCAGGGCUACAGCGUCAACCCCAACUGGCAGCAGAGUGACCUCCGUCUCACCCGCAUCACUGACCCCCACCGAGGAGAGGUUCUAACAUUUAAGGAAAUAACUUGGCAAACACUUCGAAUUGAGGCAGAUGCUACAGACAAUGGUGAUCAGGACCCAGUCACCACUCCACUGAGGCUUAUUACCAACCAAGGCAGGAUCCAGAUAGCCCUCAAGAGAAGAACCAAAGAUUGCAAUGUGGUAGCCUCCAAGCUGAUGUUCCUGUUGGAUGACCUGCUCUGGGUGCUAACUGACUCGCAGCUCAAGGCUAUGAUGAAGUAUGCAGAGUCACUGAGUGAGGCCAUGGAGAAGUCAGCCCAGCAGAGAAAGAGUCUGGCUCCUGAACCUGUACAGAUCACCCCACCUGCUCCCAGUGCCCAGCAGUCCUGGGCCCAGGCGUUCGGGGGAAGCCAGGGCAGCAGCAACAGCAGCAGCAGCCGCCUAAGCCAGUACUUUGAGAAAUUUGAUGUGAAGGAGUCCUCCUACCACCUGCUAAUCUCCCGCCUGGAUCUGCAUGUUUGCGAUGAUAGCCAGUCCCGAGAGCCAGGUGUCUCUGCAAACAGACUCAUGGGUGGUGCAAUGCAGCUUACUUUCCGCAAGAUGGCAUUUGACUAUUACCCCUUCCACUGGGCAGGGGACAGCUGCAAGCAUUGGGUACGGCACUGUGAGGCCAUGGAAACCCGAGGCCAGUGGGCCCAGAAGUUGGUGAUGGAAUUUCAGAGUAAAAUGGAGAAGUGGCAGGAGGAGACGGGUCUCAAACCACCUUGGCACCUGGGAGUAAAUUCUCCCUUCAAGAGGAAAGCAGAUUCUCUCUCCAGUCCUCGAAAGAACCCCCUUGAGAGAAGCGCCUCUCAGGGCCGACAGGCUGCCUUUCGGCCUCCCGCCUGGAAUCGCUUGCGCUCUAGCUGCAUGGUAAUACGGGUGGAUGACUUGGACAUCCACCAGGUUUCUACAGCUGGACAGCCGAGUAAGAAGCCAUCUGCACUCCUUUCCUGCAGUCGGAAGCUUCACAAUCUUCCCACUCAAGUCUCGGCUAUUCAUAUUGAGUUCACAGAGUAUUACUUCCCCGAUAAUCAGGAGCUUCCAGUUCCCUGUCCCAAUCUCUACAUUCAGUUAAAUGGUCUGACAUUUACUAUGGAUCCUGUCAGCUUGCUCUGGGGAAACCUCUUCUGCCUGGAUUUAUACCGCAGUUUGGAACAGUUCAAAGCCAUCUACAAGCUGGAAGAUUCCAGCCAGAAAGAUGAACACUUGGAUAUACGACUGGAUGCCUUCUGGUUAAAGGUUAGCUUUCCGCUGGAGAAGAAAGAGCAGGCUGGGUUGCAUCGUCCUCAGGCCCUCGUCUUUUCUGCAUCGGGCAUGACUGCCACCAAUACACGUCAUGCCCCACAUUGUAGUUGUCCAGACCUCCAAAGUCUCUUCCGAGGUUUUGCAGCUACUGAGUUCUUUCAUUCCAAUUAUGUUCACUUUCCCAAGGUUCCAGGUGGUUUUAGCCUUCUGCACAUGCUUUUUUUACAUCAUGCUUUUCAGAUGGAUUCCCACCUCCCUCAACCCAGUUCCCUCCCUCCCCAGAGGCUUAAGGCUUCCCAGGAUCUGUGGUCCAUCCACUUCACCCAGAUCUCCUUGGACUUUGAGGGAACAGAGAACUUCAAAGGCCAUACCUUGAAUUUUGUGGCCCCCUUCCCCUUGUCCAUUUGGGCCUGCCUACCCCUCCGCUGGCAGCAAGUUCAGGCACGGAAGCUCCUUUUGACCACCGAAGGCAGACUGAAACCAUCUGCUAGCUUUGGCAGUCCUGUCCAUUCUGAAGCCCUUGCCCCUGAUGCUGUGCCCCAUCAGAGGUCAAAGACUGAGCAUGAUUUGAGAAGCCUUUCAGGCCUUACGGAAGUCAUAGAUGUUUUGAGAGAAGGCAGCAGUAGUGUGGACAGCAAAGGGCCUCUGGCUGAGCUUGAGGAUGCCGCAGAUGUUCACAUGCUUAUACACUCCCCUUCACACGUCCGCAUAAGGCUUGACCAUUACCAGUACUUGGCUCUGCUCCGCCUGAAGGAGGUACUACAGGGUCUUCAAGAACAACUGACUAAGGACACAGAGGCCAUGACUGGCUCUCCUCUACAGGACCAGACAGCUUGCAUCGGGGUCCUCUUCCCUAGUGCUGAGGUGGCUCUGCUCAUGCAUCCUGGCCCGGGGGCUGUUGACGCUGACUCUGCAGGCUCAGAUACCACCAGCCUCAUUGAUUCAGAGCUGUCUCCGUCAGAGGAUAGGGAGCUGAAGUCUGAUGCCUCCUCAGACCCGGGCCCAGCAAGCCCCGAAAAGGUUCUGGAGGAUAGUGGCGUUGAAAAUCCAGAUGCAUCCCAGGAUAUACCAGUGCCUCUCCAUAGCAAUGGAGAAUUACAGGAUUCAGAUUCUCCUGCACAGCAGGAGGCAGGGAAGGGCCAUGAGGCAGUGGAUUCCUUACAGGCCAAGAGACUGAACAGAGCUCAGGCAUCUGCCUCACCAACUGUGUUGAAGCCCCCAGGUGGCAGGGAUCCUGCUGUGAAUGGACAGGCUGAGAUCAUCCCCUUAAAGAACAUUGAGGGAGAAUUGUCAAGUGCUAUUCACAUGACCAAGGAUGCCACAAAGGAGGCUCUGCAUGCCACUAUGGACCUCACCAAGGAAGCUGUGUCCCUGACUAAGGAUGCCUUCAGUCUGGGCAGAGACCGCAUGACCUCCACCAUGCACAAGAUGUUGUCCCUGCCCCCAGCCAAGGAGCCCAUGGCCAAAAUAGAUGAGGGAGCACCAGCACCAUUGAGUGGAGGAGCUGCCCGACUCAGAUUUUUCUCCAUGAAGAGGACAGUAUCACAGCAAUCAUUUGAUGGCGUUUCAUUGGAUAACAGUGGUCCUGAAGACCGGAUUUCCGUGGACAGUGAUGGCAGUGAUAGCUUUGUUACGCUCUUGGAGUCUGAGUCUGGCCCAGAAUCUCUUCCACCAGGAACUCUUCCAAAUGUCUUGGACAGUGCUGGUGCCCAGGGGAGCCCUGCUGUGGAUAGUUACGGCCAGGGGUCACCAGAGGCCAACAGUUUGGUCUCACCCAGUGGGGAAGACCUCAGCCUUCACCCGGUCUCCGUUCUGGUCCUGAAGGUGAAUGAGGUGUCUCUGGGGAUUGAGGUACGAGGUGAGGACCUGGCUGUAGCCCUACAGGCAGAGGAACUGAGCCUCCAACAGCUAGGCACCGUGGGACUCUGGCAGUUCCUGCAUGGACAGUGCUCAGAUAUAAGCUUUCAGGAAUCCUCAGCUUUGAAGAAUGACCACAUCAGGCCAGCUGUAGGCCUUCGCUUUGAGGCGGGGCCUGGUGCCGCUGUUCAUUCCCCACUGGCCACACAAAAUGGCUUCCUGCAUUUCUUGCUUCGAGGCUGUGACCUUGAGCUGUUCACUUCGGUGCUCAAUGGCCUAGGGCCCUUCUUGGAAGAUGAGGAGAUCCCAGUGGUGGUUCCCAUGAAGAUUGAGCUCCUGCACUCCAGGAUCACCUUAAAGGAUGAUAUCCCUCCCAUCUAUCCAACAUCUCCAGGCCCUGUCCCCAUCACUCUGGCCAUGGAGCAUGUUGUGCUGAAGCGGAGUGAUGAUGGUGUGUUCCACAUAGGCGCUCCUGCUCAAGACAGACCAUCAGCUGAAGUACCUAAAAGUGAGAAGAGGCAGUCUGCCAAAGAACAGAUGUUUCUGGUGCCCACAGAAGAAGCUUUUGGACAGCUGGUGAAAGAAUUGCCUACCCUACAAAAGGAACUUAGAGAAACUAAACAAGCAUUGGCCGAUGCCAACCAAGAGAAAGACAGACUACUGCAGGAGAUUAGGAAGUAUAACCCCCUCUUUGAGCUCUGAUAGCAGUGGCUCAGCCAUCUGUGCCAAGGAGAGAGGAAAUCACCAGCAAUAGCACCAACUACGACAGAAGGCACCGUCCAGCAUUGAAGAAGUCUGCUAAAGGAUGCCAGAGGGACUGGGGUGUACUCAGCUCACUCCUUGGGUUGUUCUCUCUACUAGCUCUUCUGACUUGGGUGGAAGACAGGGCAAAGUAUGACCACGUUCUAGAAAAUUGGGGGCAACUUUGCAUGUGGCUCAGACAUGUCUCGCCUAUACGAGGCCUUUCGGCUCUCUGCACACCAGGUGGAAUCUUGUUGCCAUUAUAGGGCCAUUUUACCACUUAGUUUCAUGGUAGAGACAUUUGCUUCCUCUACAGGCUGUGCGAAUAGGAGAAAGUACCCACCUCCUCAGUCACCACAGAGCCACCAAAGAUUCUACAUCCCAGAGCUUUCUGUAGCAGACUUGAAAAGUCCUUGGCCUGGGCUUUGGGCAUGGUAGUAGAUUGCAACAGGAAAUAGCCAGUAGCGCAGAGCUAGGAGAGGCACAAGAGUGAGGGAGACCUGGAUGCUGCCUUUUUUUUGGAAAGGGAGCCAAGCUCAUACCAUCUUGGCUGAUACUACAAUCAUAUUUUUCAGGGUUAAGGUUCUUUUCUAUUACACUUUGGUCAUUGUGAUGCUGGGGUAGAAAGUAAACAAUAGCAGUGGCUCCAUUGUGUCAUCUUUCCCUUCUAUAACAUAAUUUAUUUGAAAUUUAAAUCAAGAAAAAAUACUGAGCUAGGCUGAAGGUACAAUGUGGUAAGAAUUGCUAGGGGAGCUUGUGCUGAGCCCACGGUUGCCUGCCUGUCUUCCACAGCUGCAUCUCAGAAGUGAUUCCUCUGUCUCCCCGGGUUCCCCGGCACAGCUGCUCUCCCAGCUCUGGGACUUUCUACCAGCACUCUCCUUUGCACUUGGUGGUUUGGGAGCUGAAAAUGUGUUUUGAACUGUAAUGUAAGCAUCUCAACUUGUUGCCUCUCAUACCCCUCUAUCACUGUGGCUUUUUAAAAUCAUGUAAUUUUGACUUAAGUAAAAACAAAAACAAAACAAAACAAAACAAAAACCCCUUCAGCCUAGCUAGGCUUUCCCCUUUCCCCUUGGAAGAGUGAUUCCCCUCCCUCUUUCUUUCUUACCUAAUUCUUCCCCAGCAUUCUACCCUCAUUGCUCUGUAAUAUACUUCAGGCUGUGUUGAUUGGACAGAAGUUCAUCAGCUAACUCACCUUGAAUUGGCAAGAUGGUAAAAUUAGUGAUGUAGUGGUGUCACUGAAAUCCUAAUCACACAUGACCUAUUGGAGGAAAGAGAAAUGUUUUCCUUUAUGGACUUGCAUAUUCUAGUUUUUUUGAGGAUAAAAAGAAACAUGCAUUCAAGAAACAACAAGAUAUAAUUUGUUCAGAAUUCUAAAGAAUUUUUAUUAAGGUUUUUCAGUUAAAGCAACUUUAAAAACACCAGUUAAUAUGAGAUAUGGGAAUAUUUUUUCAUUCCUAGGAAACAACUUGGAGACUUAAGAAUAAAUGUCUUUUUGGAGAUAAUGCUAACAGGGGAAGUUUCCUGGAGGUGGAUGCUUGGUUUAACCUUACUUAAGGUUUUUAUAAAUUACCCGAAAGUAGGAUAUUAUAAUGCAGUAAAAUGUCACUACUUUCAGGUAAUGACAGGUAAGCCAGAAGGGAUUUAAAAAAACAAAGCAAACCACAGAAGGCCCACAAGCCAGGCUGUGACAACUCAAGAAAAUGACAGGUGAGGUUCAGUCUAGACAAGUGUAAAGUAAUAGAAGAAUCAGCAACCAGCAAGGCAGCAAGCUCUGUUAGAACUCAGCAAAGUAACCUCACCAUUGCUGAGGGGAAGGAGGGGUCAGUGUGCUGGUCUGGCUCAAAUGUCCCACCUGCAUCAUCAGGAAGGACUCAUGGAGACAAUGAAGAAAACAGGACCUUAUAGGAAACCAUUUUACUGGCUCAAAUUCUCUGUGCAUUUCCAGUCACCUUUAUCUCCAGAAUAUAUGAUGAAGAGAUGAAAGGUCCAGAGAAUAGCAAAAAUUAUUGGGGGUUGGAGAUACUCCCACAUGAGGAUACAGGUUUAAAAUGCCAGCUCCAGCUCUGGAAAGGUAAACGCUGAGAGUAGUGUGAGAUGGGAUAUCCAGUCAAGGGGAAGGUUGUGUUCUCCUGCCAUACCCUAGCUCUGGAGCUCAGCCUCAGAGUGGUAAGGACAAGAAAGCACUUCUCCCAGCAAAUCAGAAACUUCAGGAGCUCACUGACCAAGAAGUGAUGCUGGCAGAGGCUAUGUAUGGGUGGCAAAGGUUUAAGAGGAAUCCUUAUAUGAUGGCCUUGCAAUGGAAUUACGGAAAACUAGGGCUAUUUGGUGAGACACAACUCAAGAGAGUAACUGUGUGUCCCUCCACAGACUCCCCCCUUAGUGCUCCUUUGGAAGGCAUAAUGUUGAACAAAAUGAAAUCACUAGACCUCUCAACUAUGGCCUUUCUAAUGUUGUUACAGGAGGCCUUGAGGAGGGAGAUCAGUAGCCAGAAAAUAGAAUCAUUCAAACUUAGACUCAUCUGAAUUGGUUUAAAAUCACAUUCUGAUUCUCUUUCCCUCCCCUCCUGCUCCCCACCCCUACCCCCACCACCCCCACCAUAUCCCUCUGGUAUCCCUCCGUGCAGAGAAAAUGCCUCGUGAGCCUUGCUUGAUAGAAUAUCACUGUAAGCUUGUGCUUGCUGGUAGGCAAUAAAAACAAAUCUGGCAAACAUUCAGGCUAACCCCUUUAAUGGCCAGAGUUCAUUCAGGUUUCUAGGCUCUCUGGAGUUCUUGUCCAGGUGACAGAUGGAGCCCUAGAAUUUCUGACUCUCCUAUGUGGCAUCCUUGGCUAUUGUUAUUUUGAAAUCCUCCUGCAGGAAAUGUGGUGUAGGGGUCAUCAUCCCAGGAAAUUUUAGUUCACAAUCAUCUUGUAUAACUUCAUACUCCUGUUGAUUGGGGGAAAGACUUGCAUAAUGAAGAAACGUGAACUGGUUGGUAGUUCUCAGGAUAAAUGUAAAGAAAAAAAAAAGGAAGGAAAAUAGUGCUUGGACUGCUUACGAUUUCUGCCUUGGAGCUCUAAGACUCUGUGAACAAGAAAUAAUACCUCAAGAAAAUGUCUGGAGUGAUAGCACCACUAUCCUUCAAAGACCUCAGCUGCUGCACAUAGCCAUUUCAGCUGUGAAGCAUUUACAACUUUGUAUCAUCUAUGAUUGUCGAGAUUUCCUGUUUACACGGAUGUACUGGAGAUCGGCUUUAGUGCAUAUGGACUGGUUUAAAUUCUGAGCUGAGCUGCAGGGACGUUUAUUGAUCUCAAAUUUGUGUUUAACUCGCUGGAAUAAUUCACCUCACUUCUUUGACUUAAGACUGAAGGAAUGGGUUCUAUUCUUGUGACGGCUGCUUUUGCUGCUUUCUGUAAUCUAACCCUCAUUUUGCCAUGGUCCUCAAACUUUAUAUACCCUUUUCAUGGUUCUGAAAGAACAGUUUCUGUAUAUGGAAUGGACAAGGGAUAAACACUACCCUACAACACCCCAGAAUUUAAAUGCUUCCUUUGAACCCAUUUAACAUGAGUUUCCCCUUAUUCUAGUUCAGGGGGGUAAUCGAAAGCAGGUAGUUUCAAGUAUUGCCAUAGUGAUAAUGGAAUUUACCAUUCUAAACCUUUGCACUAAGGAUUUGUUUUUUCUCAUUUAACACUUGUCUAAACUUCUAAAAUCAGUUAUAGUAACAUCACAAAACAGUGGAAACAAAUGAAUAUUGCUGCAAUUCUAGUAGAAAGACGUUUGGUUGAAAACUACGAAAGCUGUCCUGACCUAGUGAUUUACCAUAGUCAUUAGUGUUUCAAGAGAGGCUGGUGUGAUGUACCAUCCUUCCAGAGACUACAGCCCUCAUCUAGAUCAUCUCCCACCUUCUACCAGAGUAGGAAUGUUCCCAUUCACCUCUGACGGGUACGGAUGGUAGCUGUUGUUGAGUGGGGAUUUUUUCCCCCAUCUCUAACAACAGACACAAGGAGAAACAUUCUCGGAGAACCUUAAACUGUGAGGCUUUGCUAAAUGGCUAGACUUGUGAUGUACUUUCUCCCUCAUUGCUUGUAAGUUUUACCCUUUUCCAAUAUCUCAAACUGCAAUAGGUAUAGUUCCUGUAAUUGUUUAAAAAAAUUUCUGUUAGAGCCGAGGGACUAUCUGCCCCCACCUCCUCCCCACCGCCCCUCCCACCGUUUAUUAUCCAGUCAAGAUUUAGCUUGAGUCUUACAGCAUUUCUUUCUGGGAUGCCCCACUGAAGUGUCUUCUUCACUGGCUAAAUAUAUGUUUAAAGCCAUGGGUUUUAAUGUAAGAUACUAAAAGUCAGAUCUGUUGAACUUUGUGAGUCCAAGCUGUUUCCCCUCCAUCAGGGUGCUGAACAGAACUGACAUCUUUUAAGACAUGCUCAGGAAAGCUUCAAAAGAGAACAGCUUCAAAACUCUUCUCCAUAUGACACUGAAUGACCGGGGAAAGAAUUCUGGGGAUUGCCAAUUAUAUACGGUAGCCUUAUUACUGCUAAUCACUGUCAAUAAAAGGUCACUCCAUUCCCCUCUUUUUGAGGACAACAAUGAGAAUGUGUCUGAUGAACUGGAAUACUGGUCAGUGUUGAGAAAUUUUAAUGUUACAUUAUCUAAUCAAACCUUGAGUGUACUGGUUCUGUGAACCACCUGAAAAAAGCAAAUUAAACUUACUAAACGCUG